AUGUUGAUAAACAGUUCAGUUCCUGCACACGGCAAAAGAGUUGUUCAAGAACACUUGUUGUUCCUAUUACAGAACUGCAACAGCGUAAACGCUCUCGUUCAAAUUCACACUCAGGUACUUCUCAACGGUCUCUCUCACAAGAACAUCAUCAUCGCCAAACUCCUCUCCUUCUACAUAGCCUCUGGCCAUCUCCAACAUGCUCACCACCUUUUCGCCAAAAUGGACAAUCCAACAACCACCGUUUGGAAUCACGUCAUCAGAGGAUACGCCCGCAGCCACAUGCCUUGGAAAUCGCUCCAAUGUUACAGCCACAUGCUGUCUACUGAGGCUCAGCCUGAUGGGUUCACGUACUCGUCUCUCCUGAGUGCAUGUGUGCGAGGUGGGUUAGAAAGAGAAGGGGAGCAGGUGCAUGCCACGGUUUUGGUAAAAGGGUAUUGCUCCAAUGUCUUUGUGGACACAAGUUUGAUCAAUUUCUAUGCGAGGCAUGGUGGCGUUCAGAGAGCGCGCCAUGUGUUUGAUGAUAUGGGGGAAAGAAAUGUUGUUAGCUGGAAUUCUAUACUUGCUGGGUAUGUCAGGUGUGGCGAUUUUGAUGGGGCUAGAAGGGUUUUUGAUGCGAUGCCGUGUAAGAAUGUUGUGUCUUGGACCACCAUGGUUGCCGGGUGUUCUCAGAAUGGCAAGUGCAGACAGGCUUUGUCAUUGUUUGGUGAGAUGAGGAGGGCACGUGUGGAAUUGGAUCAGGUGGCAUUGGUGGCGGCUUUGUCUGCGUGUGCUGAAUUAGGGGAUCUGAAGUUGGGAAGAUGGAUCCAUUGGUAUGUUCAACAGUGGUUUAUUGGGAGGGACCAGCAACCCUCAGUGCGCUUAAACAAUGCUCUCAUACACAUGUAUGCUAGUUGUGGAAUCAUUCAUGAAGCUUAUCAAGUGUUUGUCAAGAUGCCUUGGAAAAGCACUGUGUCUUGGACUAGCAUGAUCAUGGCUUUUGCGAAACAGGGACUUGGGAAGGAAGCCCUUGAUCUGUUUAAGACUAUGCUUAGUGCUGGUGGAGUAAGGCCUGAUGCAAUAACCUUCAUUGGAGUUCUUUGUGCUUGUAGCCAUGCGGGGUUUGUGGAAGAAGGACGCCAAAUUUUUGCAUCCAUAAAGCAUACUUGGGGAAUCAACCCGAGGAUUAAACACUAUGGAUGCAUGGUUGAUCUCUUAAGCCGUGCUGGAUUCUUAGACGAAGCACGUGGACUUAUUGAAACUAUGCCCUUAAAGCCUAAUGAUGCACUUUGGGGUGCCCUUCUUGGUGGUUGUCGUAUUCACAAGAAUUCAGAUCUAGCAUCACAAGUGGAAAACAAGUUAGUACCCGAGCUGAGCUCUGAUCAAACUGCAGGUUAUCUUGUGCUUUUGUCAAACAUAUAUGCUUUUGGUGAAAGGUGGCAGGAUGUUAUCACAGUGAGACAGAAAAUGAUUGAGAUGGGUGUGAAAAAGCCUCCAGGCAGAAGUUGGAUCCAAAUUAAUGGAGUUGUCCAUAAUUUUGUUGCGGGCGAUAUGACUCAUAAGCAUUCAUAUUUCAUCUAUGAUAUCUUGUCUGAUGUCACUAAGCAAGCCAAUCUGGAAGGUUAUGAACCAGAGAUAAAUGUUUUCUUGGAUGUUGAAGAGUAG